UGUCUAUCUAUCCAGCUGAAAGAAAAACAAGAUAUAAUGGACUCUAACAGUGAGGACGGAGACUAUCAAAGUCUUGAACAUACCUCCCAUCAUGAUGCAGAGCAGUACAGAGUGACCUACCCUCAUGGGAGAAACAUCAAAGAUGUGGAUUAUGAUAGGAAUGAGGAAUUCAACAAAAAGAGGUAUUCAGCGAGUCGCUCUGGUAACAACCCAGGUAGAGUGAAGCGGGUCGUGUCGUGCAAGAGGAAGACCCAUCACCUGACGGUGGCUCGGAGGAAGCAGCUCGUGUCUGGGAGAACCUUCGAUGCUGCAAACAAAGAGAAUGAGACGAGCUGUCUACAAGACAUGCAACAGGAAGUAUUUGACAUGGACCCGCUGGAGUUCCCACUGAAUGUCAGCCAUAACCACAAGACUGGUAGAACUAGUUCCGAGCAAACAGACUGCUCUGCACUUUCUGAGGUCAGACACUCUACCUCACACUGUUUCUGUGCUUUAUGUUGGAGCUUUUCUAACAUGUAUUAUCCAGCUGAACCCAAUCAUAUUUUUCAGCUCACAAAGGAUCACAGUGCGAUGACUGACGUGCUCUUUGGAAGAAAUCUGAGAUUGAAAGUAGCUUUCACAUUGUGGCAGAGAAAUGUUGGAGAGCUAUUGACAUACUUCCUGAGAAUCCAGGACACUGGAGUGUUUGUUGAUUUUCUCCCGAUGAUAAGCAGAAGCAUUGACAAGGACUCUCUGAGGAUUACCAUUGGCUGUUGUGUUGACCUAUUUCCUUUAGUUAAGGAAGUCCUCACCAAGCCGUAUGAAGAGUAUCUUACAGUAGGUUUGAACUGGAUACAUUCAGUUUUGAAAAAAUGGCGGGAGCAAUUAAGAGCAAGCGGCUACAGUGGAUCAUCGAAAGCUGAGUUAGAGAAGAAUUUCCAGGUCUUUAAUCAGCAGUUACUGGAGUUAUGGCUUGAGGAACCUUCAUUGAAAUUUGUUCCAGGAGCUGCAGGAGAAAAGGCAAAGGUCAUUGAUUCUUACCUGUCUCAACUUACCUGAAAGCAAUGAAGAGCCAGAUAACAGAGGUUUCUAUGGUAACAGUAACCUAAUAAUAAGAGAUAAAGCAGAAAUGAAAAACUCACUGAAAAGAUAAGAGUUGCCCUGGAUUGUGCCCUUGGAUUGUACUGUACUGUGUGGUUGGUGUAUUUAUUAGUUUACAAAGCAACUUGAAAAGUUUAAAUACUGAGGAUGUGCAAUAUGAAUUUUUAGUGUUUAGCAAAAAUGAUGUGUCAUAUUAUGAAGUUAUGUCACAGAAAUGUGGUAGCUUGAUGGCCAUGAGAAUCUAAAUUUGUGUCAUUGAUUGUUUGAGUGUACCUAAUUGAAUUUGCCUGAUGAUGAUGAAUACAGUUUGAAGUGGAAAUGAUCAAGUUUGUGGAUGGUACUGUGAUUUUUUUGUUGGAAGAAAAAGUACAGAUAUGUGUCUGUUAAU